GAAGGAAGGAGUCUCGUGUGAUUGAAUGAAAGAAACUAAAUCCAACAAGAUUCUGCCUCCGUUUAUUCGUUCGUCGGUUUUAACCGCCGCCAGACGAUACAGACACGUACUACGUACGGCGAGAGAACAAUAAACCAGCAGGGAGCGGAAUCGCCCACCGCCGGCCGUACGUGCGCGCCCGAUCUCGCCGUCGCCGUCGAGGGCCGCGUGCUAGCUCCGGUGCUCGCUCGCUCCGGCUUCCGUUGCCCGGCUUCGCUUGGGCGCCAUGGCGCUCGGCAACAUCGCCGUCGUGCUCGGCUCCGGAUAUCUCAGCACUAUUCUUACCGGAGGCGACGCCAAGAAAGUCCCUAUCAUCGGGGACACGCUUGCCAAUUUUGUGAAGAACACCAGGAAGGCCGGGAAACACGACGGUAGCGACCAGUUGGCGUCUCAGCUCGACAGUAUCAGGGAGGAGAUACAGCGAGCCGCACGCCAUAGAAAUGAGAAUGUCACGGUUAUCUCCGAUACAUCAGGGUCUGGUUCGUAUACCAUAACAGCAAUUGUUGUUGCUGGGCUUAUCGGCUAUGCAUACGUCAGGUGGAAGGGUUGGAAGAUUUCUGACAUGAUGUGGGUGACGAAGCGCGGUCUGGCUGAUGCCUGCGAUGUCGUGGGCAAACAGUUAGAUGAUGUUUCAAAUACAGUGCAGGUUACGAAGAAACAUCUAGCUGUUAGGAUCGACCGGGUCGAUGCUAAUCUAGACGAAACACAAGAAAUUAUCGAAGGGACAAGGGAUGAGGUCGCAGUGAUCCAUGUGGAUCUGAGCGCCUUUCAGAAGGAGCUCCAAGAAGUCAGCCGUACGGUUGAAAUAUGGGGGUCAAGGCUGUCUGGUAUCGAGGACACCCAGGAUCGUACAGUGCGUGCAACUGAAGCCUUAGUUGGGUUCAGCCAACAACUGGAACAUGGUGGCCAGAAUCCCAAUAUUCGUCAGGUCUCAUUGUUCCUUCCAGCUCUAGGAUCCUCUUCAGAGAAAAGGAUUAAAAUGUUGCCCCAGUCUCCUCUUGUAUCUCUUCAACCGGUCGCAUCAGUAGCCGAGCCUAGCGAGGACAAAAGCAAGGAGAACCACAAGGCGUUGCCCUCGAGUGAAGGAAGCAUGAGGUGGAAGCUACCUGGACUUGGGCUUAGCUUCAUAAGGAGUUCAUCUAAUGUAUAGAUGAUAUUACUGGCACGAGUUGUAUAACUCUUUAACUUAUAGUUAUGUGUGGCCUUGCGUAAAUAGGUAUACUUGCAAUAGUGGUCUUGAUUAUACCAUGGUAGAAGAGAUAAUCACUUUUUGCCAAGGGAAAAUGAUAAACUCAUGCCGUUCCAUUUACACAUGUAAUCAACACUUGUCGACCUCCAAGUUUGGAUGUUCGUGUCAUUCUUGUUAGUAACUUCUUUUACUAAGAGGAUUUGUAUGUUUUUUACUA